GGCCAUGUCGGAGCUUCAGCAACUGCAGGAAUUCGAGAUCCCCACGGGCCGGGAGGCUCUGCGGGGCAACCACAGCUCCCUGCUGCGGGUCGCAGACUACUGCGUGGACAACUACGUGCAGCCUCUUCCAGAUGGUUCUCUUUUGUCGUAUGCACAGUGUGCACACAGGAUUUGGGAUCCCAAAGACCUGAGUCCAGUUUCCAACUCUGCCGCCUAGCAACUACAGGACCCAUGGCAAGGCCACAGACAAGAGCAAGGCGCUGGAGGAGACCAUGGCCUUUACCACCCAGGCACUGGCCAGUGUGGCCUACCAAGUCGGCAGUCUGGCCGGACACACUCUGCGUCUGCUAGACCUACAGGCCGCCUCCCUGCGGCAGGUGGAAGCCCGUGUGAACACGCUGGGCCAGAUGGUGAACAUGCACAUGGAGAAGGUGGCCCGAAGGGAGAUUGGCACCUUGGCCACUGUCCAGAGGCUGUCCCCUGGCCAGAAAGUCAUCGCCCCCGACAGCCUCCCUCCCCUCACGCCCUACUACAGGAGACCGCUUAACUUUGGCUGCCUGGAUGACAUUGGCCAUGGGAUCAAGGAUCUGACCACGCAGCUGUCGCGGACCGGGACCCUCUCGCGCAAGAGCAUCAAGGCGCCUGUCGCACCGGCCUCCGCCACGCUGGGGAGGCCACCCCGGAUCCCCGAGCCGGUGCAGCUCCCCGUGGUGCCCGAGGGCAAACUCUCCGCCGCCUCAUCGGUCUCUUCCCUGGCCUCUGCAGGCAGCGCCGAAGGUGUCGGUGGGGUCUCCACGACCAAGGGGCAGGCAGCACCCCCACCCCCACCUCUCCCCAGCCCCACGGCCCCACCCCCUCCACCGGCCUCCGAGGUCUUCCUGCCGCCCCCUCUGCCGGAGGAAGUGUCCCUGCCCCUGCCGGCACCAGAGUUGCCUCCACCCCUGGACCUGCCCCCUCCCCCGCCCCUGGAUCUAGAUGAAUUGGGGCUGCCGCCUCUGCCCCCACCAGACUUUGGGCCUGAAGAGCCUAGCUGGGUCCCUGCUGCGUACCUGGAGAAAGUGGUGACAUUGUACCCAUACACCCGCCAGAAGGACAACGAGCUCUCCUUCUCUGAGGGCACCAUCAUCUGCAUCACACGCCGCUACUCAGAUGGCUGGUGCGAGGGCGUCAGCUCCGAGGGCACUGGAUUCUUCCCGGGGAACUAUGUGGAGCCCAGCUGUUGACAGCCUGGGGCUCUCUGAGCUCCUGA